CUCCUCCCCUGAAACAAUCGAGGCAUUGAAAACUCCAACCUUUGACGUCUGGCAGUGGGCUCCGAAUGAGAUGCUGAGCUGUCUGGAGUACAUGUACCACGGGCUGGGGCUGGUCCGUGACUUCAAUAUCAACCCAAUCAUGCUCAAACGCUGGCUGUUAAACGUCCAGGGGAAUGAUAAGGACAAUCCCUUUCACAAUUUCCGUCAUUCGUUCUCGGUCACUCAAAUGAUGCAUGGACUGGUCUACCUCUGUGAAAUCCAGGAACGGCUCGCUCCCAUCGAAAGCCUCAUUCUGAUCACCUCCGCUAUCUGUCACGACCUAGACCAUCCCUGACUCAACAACGCGCAAGUCAGAGCGUUCACUCCCUUCCCCUCCCCUCCCCUCUCC